UUCUGGGUUCGUUUGGCAUUCCUCGAUCGCGGAACGACGACCGGCAAUCGUGACUCCUCACCAAGAUGGCGCCGCGCAUCUAGCGGUCGAGUGUGUCUUUCGUCCAUUUUCUCCGAUCGGCUUCGCUUCGGGCUCGUUUGUUCCAAAGUUCGCAAAUUCAAACCAAAGUCAUGUUGUCGAAUAUAACCCUGAGGACCAUUCUACUAAGGUCUUCGGUGGUCGCUUUGAGGGAAAGCGCCGCGGCACCCCCGCGGACUGGCUGCUCGGCGUCGCUUUCGCCACACAAAGUCAGCGGCGGUAAGAAAGUCAACACGGAGACGCUCAUUAACCCGAUGAUGCUAAAAGAUGGCCGCUGGUCGCGGCCAAGUGCGCAUGCGCGGACGACACGCAGAGCUCUCACGAUGAGAAACUGCAACCGCGAAUGUUUGUGGGUUUUGAAUAUGAUUAUUAGUCACAAGUCUCCAUAUUUUACGUUUCGUAAUAAAAUGCCGAUGAUCGUGCUGACGUGCAUUUCAAAAGGAAGCGUCGGCCCUCCAGCGCCGGUCCGACAUUAUGCUCGUCUUUCAAAGACGAAGGAGGCAGGUCCCGAGAGCCAACUCGCCGACCUCCCCUCGACCUCGCUGAAGAUGGAUUACGCCGCCGUACCGCUCGCUCAAACGACGGACGACGUUGUCAAAAGACUUCUUUCGCUGGAGUUGGCAAGUCACAGUGAAAAGCUGGCGCUAAAAAAGGAGCAGCUGAUCGCCAAGGUGCAACGAGACGAAGGCGACCGCAAUUCGGUGGAAGUUCGAGUGGCCAUUUUGACGGCAAGGAUCCGCAACUUUCAGGAGCACUUGCUCAAACAUCACAAGGUGAGCCGAGAGAACUCUCAUAUGAGGCGCCGAAAAGGUUUUUUGUCAGACCUUGAACGGAUCGACGCGUUUCCUUCCUGUUGCGUCAGACGCACGCAGGAUAUCCUGCGAUCGUCGCACCUUCACGCGAGGCGGUCGGAAAAUUUCCAGUUCUCAACGCGGAUUAAAAUCCGUAAAUAUCUGCUGGGCAUCACCUACACCUUCCCGCCGGAGUACUACAGGAGGGCCACGCGACGCUGGCUGGCCAAAAAGGCCUUCUGCCUCAAGGUCUUCAAAGAGGUGCAGAAGCAGAAAGCCGAGCAGAAGCUGAAACUGCAACCGCACCAAAGCGCCGAGGCGGCCCAGGCGCCAACUGCCAGUCGGUAGAUGCCGGACGGAGCUCAUGCCGGUCAACGGCAACAUUUUUUUCUUUUUUUUUCUUCCGGGACACCUGUGUGUGUCCAGCCUACGGCCCCGGGGGCCAUUUGCGGCCCACUCUCCAUCUUUUGGGGGCAGCCCAUCACGUGGAUGCUUAAAGCCACACUUGAAUAAAUGGCCGACAAUUUUGCAGGCUCUCACCGCAUGGCGGAAUCGUGAGGGUGUGUCGGCACUUAAAUGUCCAUCCAUUUUCUACUCGGCUCAUUAACUCGGCAACACAAUAAAACGAGUCAUCGGCAU